GCGGCUGAUUGAAACAGAAAGUAAAGUUGUUCUUUUGUACAGAAUCCAUUUUGAGACGACAGAGCAGAAGACGCUAUAUGGAGAUUACUGACAAAUAAAUUCUCUGCCAAGUUCUCUGGGUGUGUCUGUCGCUGAACUCAAAGCAGUCCUGAAGACAGCUAGACAUCGAAAAAAUCUUCAAUGAAGUGACAUGUACCCGACAUGUAAGAAGUGGUUACCCUUGAUGUCCAGCAGUCAGUGAAUCCAUUUUGAGACGACAGAGCAGAAGAAGCUAUAUGGAGAUUACUGACAAAUAAAAUCUCCAACCACCUCAGAGAUCAGUCUCUCCAGUACCCAGUCAUCUGUCCAUGAAGAGUGACUUCUCUAUGGCUCAUCCUAUACACUUUAGUGAUGGAUCAGGGACCUUUGACCCCAGAAUCUCCAAGCAAACUCAGUCUCUCCAGAGAUCAGUCUCUCCAGUACCCAGUCAUCUGUCCAUGAAGAGUGACUUCUCUAUGGAUCAUCCCAUUUAUUUUAGUGAUGGAUCAGGGACCUUUGGAAGCAGAAUCUCCAAGCAAACUCAGUCUCUCCAGAGAUCAGUCUCUCCAGUACCCAGUCAUCUGUCCAUGAAGAGUGACUUCUCUAUGGAUCAUCCCAUUUAUUUUAGUGAUGGAUCAAAGACCAUUGGAAGCAGAAUCUCCAAGCAAACUCAGUCUCUCCAGAGAUCAGUCUCUCCAGUACCCAGUCAUCUGUCCAUGAAGAGUGACUUCUCUAUGGAUCAUCCCAUUUAUUUUAGUGAUGGAUCAAAGACCGUUGGAAGCAGAAUCUCCAAGCAAACUCAGUCUCUCCAGAGAUCAGUCUCUCCAGUACCCAGUCAUCUGUCCAUGAAGAGUGACUUCUCUAUGGAUCAUCCCAUUUAUUUUAGUGAUGGAUCAAAGACCGUUGGAAGCAGAAUCUCCAAGCAAACUCAGUCUCUCCAGAGAUCAGUCUCUCCAGUACCCAGUCAUCUGUCCAUGAAGAGUGACUUCUCUAUGGAUCAUCCCAUUUAUUUUAGUGAUGGAUCAAAGACCGUUGGAAGCAGAAUCUCCAAGCAAACUCAGUCUCUCCAGAGAUCAGUCUCUCCAGUACCCAGUCAUCUGUCCAUGAAGAGUGACUUCUCUAUGGAUCAUCCCAUUUAUUUUAGUGAUGGAUCAAAGACCGUUGGAAGCAGAAUCUCCAAGCAAACUCAGUCUCUCCAGAGAUCAGUCUCUCCAGUACCCAGUCAUCUGUCCAUGAAGAGUGACUUCUCUAUGGAUCAUCCCAUUUAUUUUAGUGAUGGAUCAAAGACCGUUGGAAGCAGAGGCUACUACCACACUCAGACAGCACAGUAUACUGUUCCCAGCUGUCUGUCUAUGAACAGUGACUUCUCCGUGGAUCGUCCUGUUAAUUCCAGUGGUGGAAGAUCAAUCACCUUUGACCGAAGUGGAUGGUCUACUCUGCCAGAGGUUCAGUCCAGGUGUGCAGUGUGCCAGCAGGUUCUGAGGGAUCCAGUCUCUAUCACCUGUGGACACAGGUUCUGCAGACAGUGCAUCACCAGAUACUGGGAGAAACCUGCUUCUUCAGGAGACUAUGACUGUCCUCAGUGUAGAAAGAGAUCCAGAACACGUCCUGUACUACAGAACCUGAGUGAACCCAAUGAUGCAAGAGGCUCUGAAAACAUGGAUGACAGCCUGCAGAGAGCCAUAGUAAACCAUAAAGACAGUCUAAAAAGGAGGUAUGAAUGUGUGAUAGAAGGCAUGGAAACAGCAGGGAACCAAACUCCCCUCAACAGGAUUUACACAGAGCUCUACAUCACAGAAGGAGAGAGUGAAGGGGUUAACAAUGAACAUGAGGUGUGGCAGCUAGAGACAGCAUCCAGGACACCAACCUCACAUGACACAGCAAUCCACUGCAAUGACAUCUUUAAACCCUUACCUGGCCAAGAGAGAAGCAUCAGAACUGUGCUGACCAAGGGCAUCGCUGGCAUCGGAAAAACAGUCUCUGUGCAGAAGUUCAUCCUAGACUGGGCUGAAGGGAAGGCAAACCAAGAUGUGGAGAUCAUAUUUGUGCUUCCUUUCCGGGAGCUGAACUUGAUCAAAGAUCUCCAGUACAGUCUUCUCAGGCUUUUAAAUGACUUCCACACAGAACUAGACAUAGGCAAUGCAAAGAAACUCACUGCCUGUAAAGCUAUGUUCAUCUUUGAUGGUUUGGAUGAAAGCAGACUUCCAUUGGAUUUCCAGCACAAUGAAAAGGUGUCUGAUGUCACCCAGACAUCAUCUGUUGAUGUUCUGCUGACAAAUCUCAUCAAGGGGAAUCUGCUUCCCUCUGCUCUCCUUUGGAUAACCUCCCGACCAGCAGCAACCAAUCAGAUCCCCCCUAAGUGUGUUGACCAGGUGACAGAGGUACGAGGGUUCAAUGACCCACAGAAGGAGGAGUACUUCAGGAAGAGAUUCGUUGAUGAGGACCUGGCCAGCAGAAUCAUCUCACACAUAAAGACAUCAAGGAGCCUCCACAUCAUGUGCCACAUGCCGGUGUUCUGUUGGAUUUCUGCAAUAGUCCUUGAACACAUGUUGAGUACAGACAAGAGGAGAGAGAUGCCCACGACUCUGACUGAGAUGUCCAUACACUUCCUGCUCAUUCAGACCAGCCUGAAGAACCAGAAGUAUCAUGGAAGAGAUGAGAUGGAUCAAGAGGAGCUCAUGGAGUCAGAUAAGGAAAUUCUUCUGAAGCUGGGGAAGCUGGCGUUUGAAAAUCUGGAGAAGGGUAAUCUCAUGUUCUAUGAAGAAGACCUGAAAGAGUGUGGCAUUGAUGUCAAAGAAGCCUCAGUGUACUCAGGAGUGUGCACACAAAUCUUUAAAGAAGAGUCUGUGUUAUUUCAGAGAGUGGUGUACUGCUUUGUUCAUCUGAGCAUUCAGGAGUUUCUCUCAGCUGUCUACAUGUACCAUUGUUACACAGCCAGGAACAUGGAUGCACUGAAGCCCUUCCUCAAGAGAAAGUCUAGAGGUGCGUCUGAAGAGCUAACCUUGCAUGAGCUGCUGAAGAGUACCGUGGAUAAAGCCUUGGAGAGUAAGAAUGGACACCUGGACCUUUUUGUCCGUUUCCUUCAUGGCAUGUCACUGGAGUCCAAUCAGAAACUCCUACGAGGUCUGGUGGCACAGACAGAAAGCAGUCCGGAGAGCGUCCAGAAAACAAUCCGAUCCCUUAAGGUGAUGCAGAGGAAGAACAUGUCCCCUGAGAGGUGCAUCAAUCUCUUCCACUGUCUGAUAGAGAUGAAAGACCAUUCAGUACAGAAGGUCAUCGAAGUGUACUUGAGGUCAGAAAAGAGAUCCAAAAACCUCACACAUGCUCAGUGUUCAGCACUGGCCUACAUGCUGCAGAUAUCAGAGGAGGUUCUGGAUGUGUUUAACCCAAAAGAAUACAAGACAUCAGAGGAGGGUCGUAGGAGACUGCUCCCAGCUGUGAGAGGCUGCAGGAAAGCUCUGUAA